GGACCACCGAGGACACUCCCCACACACCCACCCUCUUUUUUUCUGCCCAGAUUCGGGGCCCGUGAGGAGAGAAGCCCCCGAGUCUCGACCCGAAAUUUUCUCAUUUCCAUCCCGCUUCCCUCAUCCUCCUCAUCCUCAUCCUCCUCCCCAUCGGUUGCCUUUCCCCGGGGUCCGUCCCCUCUCUACCUCAACACCCCGAUGCCUCCCCGCCCCCGUGCAGCUGCACCAUCACCCCGGCUCUGCUGCUUCUGACAAUCCGACCAGGGAGCGCUGCUCGGCGGGCAUUGACUGCGGCGAACCCCGGUGGUCACAUCUGCUUCCCUCCUCCCUCCUCCAUCUCCUCCUUUCUUUUUUCCCCCUGCUGGGUGUCGCUGCAGAGGGAAGCUCGCUGGUUGGUCUGUCCCACUUCACACCCCCACACUACGGAUCUACUCCCCUCAACACCCACCCACCCCCGCCUCGUCUUGUCCGUGAGUCCCACCGCAGCGCCCGAGCCACGGGUCUCGCCAUGCCGGGUCCGGUGGCCGGUAGCAAGUCUCGUGUGUACGCAGACGUCAACACCCUGAAGAGCCGGGAGUACUGGGACUACGAGGCCCACGUCCCCAACUGGAACAACCAGGAGGACUACCAGCUGGUUCGUAAGCUGGGCAGAGGGAAGUACAGCGAAGUGUUCGAGGCGAUCAACAUCACCAACAAUGAGAAGGUGGUGGUCAAGAUCCUGAAGCCGGUCAAGAAGAAGAAGAUCAAGCGAGAGAUCAAGAUCCUGGAGAACCUGCGAGGUGGGACCAACAUCAUCCGACUGGUGGACACAGUCAAAGACCCAGUGUCCAGAACUCCGGCGCUGGUCUUUGAAUGCAUCAAUAACACAGACUUCAAGGAGCUGUACCAGAAGUUGACAGAUUACGAUAUCCGUUUCUAUAUGUAUGAACUACUGAAGGCUCUGGACUACUGUCACAGUAUGGGAAUCAUGCACCGUGACGUCAAACCACACAAUGUGAUGAUUGAUCACCAGCUGAGAAAGCUUCGUCUAAUAGACUGGGGACUGGCAGAGUUCUACCACCCGUCCCAGGAGUACAACGUCAGAGUGGCCUCACGAUACUUCAAGGGCCCCGAACUGCUGGUGGACUACCAGAUGUAUGACUACAGUCUAGACAUGUGGAGCUUGGGCUGCAUGUUGGCCAGUAUGAUCUUUCAGAAAGAGCCCUUCUUCCACGGGCAAGACAACUACGACCAGUUGGUGCGAAUUGCCAAGGUGCUGGGGACGGACGAGCUGUUCGGAUACCUGCGCAAAUACCACAUUGAACUGGACCCGCGCUUCAAAGACCUGCUGGGACAGCAGAGCAGGAAGCGCUGGGAGCAGUUUGUGCAGACGGAGAACCAGCACUUGGUGAGUCCAGAAGCUCUGGACCUGCUGGACAAGCUGCUACGCUACGACCACCAACAGAGGCUGACGGCCACAGAGGCCAUGGAGCACCCGUACUUCUAUCCAGUAGUAAAAGAACAGUCUCUGUCAAACUCUGACAACAACAUGGUGUCCAGUGGCAACACCACAGCGCGGUGAAACGCAGACGUGGAAGAAGAAGAAGGAUGUUUGUUACCUCAACUUUGUACCCGGUUGUGACAGUAACCUUUGACAAGUGUACAGUGACAAUGGAUCAAAGUAACUCUGACCAGUUACACACUCACAGAUAUGUGCAAACGGAUUCACACACACAAAAGUGCAAGCACACCUCUAUACAAACACACACACAUGCAUACGCACACACACAACCACACACGCAGACAUGCACACAAACACCCUCCUCCUCUGUAUCAGUCUGUGAUUGGCUUGUCCUGGUUCCCUGUCCAGCAGCCUGACCAAUGAGCUUGAAGCUGCUCCUCCGUCGUCCCCUCAAAUGGUCCUCGUCCUCCCAGCUCAGUCUCAUGUAGGUCGACUGGGACAAACUUUUAAAGACAACUCAGCCUCCUCUCCUCCCUCCGUUGUCCCUCCAUCCCUCCUUUAUUAUCAUCCCCUCUUUGUUUGCAUCAGCAUGAAGAAUGACCCAGAGCGUGAGCCUGUACAAGCCCCUCCUCUCUAAACCCCAUCUUCCAUCCAUCCAUCCAUCCGUCUGUCUGUCUGUCCCCCGUCUCUCUCCCCCCCCCCCCCCCCACACUCUCCACCAUGUACAUCAACAGACAGACAGACGUCUUAGCACUACCCCAGUUCUGAAAGUGGCAUGGUGGACUCUCUCUAGGUAGAAUGAUGAUGAUGAUAAUAAUAUUAAUGAAAAAUAAAUGAUUUUUAUUUAGAUGAA